AUGAUGACGAAGGUGGGCAUGAGUAUCAGCGCUCGAUCGUUCUCAUCAACACAAUUACUUCGUGCCGCGAACAAACCCGUCCCACAAUCCCCCUCCGAAUCCAAACCCGCCCCCGCCCCCGCGGCCGCCACGAAAAGCAACCCCGCCUCUCCCUCGCCCUCGCCAAAGACGACGCUCCCUCCGCCGCGCCAGCAGCGCGCCGGCAGCGCGUUCGGCGAGUUCCUGGCCGCGUCGAAGAAGAACAUCGAUGCUGCGAACGAAAAGGCGAAAUACUUGAAAGAGCACGGCGCGCAGUACCUCGUGCGGCCGAUUGGGAUGAACUCGCCGCCGCGGCCGGCUGAUAAUUCGGUGAAGGAUAAGCGGACGUUUGCGCAGAAGAGGGCGGAUUUUGUUAGUUAUGAGAAGAAUAUUGAGAGACGGAAGGAGCUCAUCGGACAAAUGGCAGAGUCAUAUUUCAUCGACAUGCACGACUACCGCAAAACGCAGGGCAAAGAAUGGAAAGCCCCGCAGAUGUUUUUCCGGGCCGACAAGGCUCUGUACAUGCCGAAUUUCCACGGCACCACGCUCGCCUCAUCCGCGGAGAAAGACACGACGUCCGCUCUGAAAGGCAAGGUCUCGGUCGUCAAGCUGUACUCCCAGCUCUCGGGCGAACAUCACGUCGACUCGUACUUUGGCAGUUCCGCGGAGGCGAUUGCGGAUGUGAGCGAGGAAAGCGGGUAUCAGACCGUGGACAUCACGGUGCCGGAUAGAAAAGUGAAUAAGUGGAUCUCCAAGUUCUUUGCGUUCAGGACGAGACGCAAGCUGCCAAAAUCCCGCCACGACCUCUUCUUUUACGCGCAGCCGCUGCCGGACCAGCUCAGUCAUGCGAUCGGACAGGUGAAUAAGUAUACGGGGUACGUCUACAUCGUCGACGGCGAUUGUAAGAUUAGAUGGGCGGCGUGCGCAAAGGCGAUGGAGGAGGAGAAGGAGUCGUUCCGGAAGUGUCUGAAGGGAGUUGUGGCGGAGCACAAGGUGCGGUUGAGGAAAAGCUCGUCGAGUAGUCCUAAGGCUUGA